AUGCUCCCCAAAGCCGCGAAAGAAUGGCUCGAAGAGUCGCGCGACCUUCCACUGGCUCGUCAGCAAAAAGGGAUAGCUACUCAAGUCGUACGUUCAUUUUUUAAUGGUUGAAAAAAACAUAUUCAAAUUAAAUAUACACUAAAGUUCCAAAAUUAUAUCUCUUUUAACGAAGUAAAUUGUCAGAUGAAAAAAAUUUCGAAAUUUUUAGAGGAAAGUCAGUUUUUUUAUGUUGAAAAAAACGAUGAAAUUUUUUUCGAAGUUAUAUCUUGACGGAAUCUUUGUGAAACUUCACUACUAAGCUUUUAACAGAUGCCGUGUUCAAAGUGAUUUUUCGCAAAAUUCAGAAUUGUCUGACUCUCCAAAAUUUAGUUGUCUUUUUCACUUUCUGUCUGCUAUUUUUCAUUUCGUGCAAUCACUGUGAACAAGGCAUGAGUUUUCAUCAAAAAUUUUUUAAAUCCAAUAUCGGACGCUUUGAAUCUUUUACUUUUAUCGUAUUUAAUUUGAAAAGUUAUUGUAACAAAACUGUAAUGAGAUGAUUCUUUUUUUAAAAUAUUCAUCAUCGAUCGACUUUUGGGUUUAGGAAGCCGUUCAAGGGUUUUGGUGCGUUGUGGACAUGUUUCACUUUGAAAACGUCGGUUUCACGAACUCUGUAGACGGUAUUAAGGUGAGAUUUCCUCUUAAUCGAGACUUUCUGCAGUUCGGAACUUUUAGUAUUUGACAUGUGCCGACUGUGAAUACGGUCCAAUCGGCUUGGUUGAUCCCGAUUCUAAGCUCAACUUGAUAGCAGCAACACGUCUCGCGGAAAGAUGA